AUGACCGACGUUCAACAUACGCAAGGCCGUGCCGAGUGGGUCACAACUCGUGACGGUCGCAAGCUCUAUGCCCAAGUCCUCGAUGGCCCGCCGGAUGCACCGACAGUCGUCUUCGAAUGCGGCGCGGGAGCCAGCCGAUCCACAUGGGCUCUCGUCCAGCCCCAGGUGGCCAAGUUUGCACGUGCGAUCGUGUACGACAGGUCGGGGAUGGGCAAGAGUCCACCAGACCCGACACGCACACUGGCUCGUAUCGUGGACGACCUGUGCGACGUCAUUGACCACUACUGCGUGCCAAAGGCGGGCGACAGACAACAGGGGCACCUCAUUCUCGUUGGCCAUUCCGCCGGUGGCCCCAUUAUCCGCAAGACGGCAUCUCUACGACCGAAUGUCGUGACCUCUCUCGUCCUUCUCGACCCGACAGACGAAGGCGUAGACCUGAUGUUUAAGCCGUCGUUUCGGUACAUGGAGAGCGCAGGCCUGUAUGUGGGACUUGGUUUGUCAUACUUAGGCCUUGUCCGACCGAUUGCCAACUAUGCCUUCAAGUGGAUGCUGGACCUUUUGCCCGAGGACGUGUGCGAGGACCUCAACCGCGAGGCAUUUGCCCCGUCCGUCGUGCACUCCCAGAUGGCCAUGAGCCACACCUUUCUCGACGAGGUCAAGGCCUUCAGGGACGACCCGCCCAAGAUCCCAGACGAAAUGCCGGUCACGAUCGUCUCGGGUUCACAGACGGGAAUGGCGAUGGGAGAGGAGACCAGGAAGGCUAUCAAUGAGGCACACGAGAAGCAGACAGAGCGGUACAGCAAGGGACGACAUGUCGUGGCGGAGAACUCGGGCCACCUUGUGCCCCUGACAGAUGUGGAGCUGGUGGUGGACGAGAUUCGGCGUGUCUUGUAG